AUGCAAACCACUUGGGAAGAUAAUGACUCAAAUGGCUCCGAAAGCGAUAAUGAAAAGGCAAUACUCUGUCUCAUGGCAAAUAGGGAUGAGGUAAACUCUAAUUAUGACUCUUCCUCUGAAUGUGAAAUGUCCUAUGAUGAUUUAGUUGAUGCAUAUAAUGGAUUACUUGAUGCUUUUAAAAAAUUGCAUGAUAAACUAGGAAAAAUGGUCAAAAAAUGUGCCUCUCAAAGAAGAGAAAAACUUAUCAUUGAAAGCAAAUUUCAAACUCUUCUAAAUGAAAAUGAAGGCUUGAAAAAGGAAUACACUUUGCUUAAAGAAACAGGAUCACCUGAACUUAUCUUUGAAAAUGCUUCCUUGAAGUUAAUCAGUGAAGACCAAAUUGAUGGCCUAGCAAAGUUUACUCAAGGCACCAAAAAUCUAGAACUCAUGCUAGGUGCUCAAAGAAGUGUCUUUUAUAAAAAUGGAUUAGGAUAUGACCCUUUUGAUAAGAAGGAUUGCUUCAAAAUCUCCACAUCUUCCAAGGACAAAUGGUUUCUAGAUAGCGGAUGUUCAAGACACAUAAUGGGUGACCGCACAAAGUUCUCCUCUCUACAAGCCUACAAAGGAGGAAGCGUAACAUUUGGAGACAACUCUAAAGGCAAGGAUAAUCUAGGAAAGUUUGAUGCUAAAUCCGAUGAAGGCAUUUUUCUUGGAUAUUCCUCUAUAAGUAAAGCAUAUAGAGUUUAUAACAAGAAGACCUUACUUGUGGUUGAAUCCAUACAUGUUGUGUUUGAUGAAUCCCCAACCUCUCCCACAAAAAGUGUGAUGGAUAAUGAUGAAGAAGUUGAACUUGAAAAGGGUACAAAUGAACUUAAUACAAAUAGGUGCCUUAUAGAGCUUGAGAAGGGUAUCAAUGAUCUCAACAUAAAUAAGUCUUCUAUUGAUAUCUAUCAAAGUUCUAACUUAAGUGAUGAUACCUCUCAACAUAAAACUACUCCAAAUGAAUGGAAGUUAGUUCAUAAUUAUCCCAUUGAUCAAGUUAUUGGUGAUCCAUCCAAAGGUGUUAGUACACGGUCUCAAUUAAGAAAUAUAUGUAAUUUUGUGACAUUUGUUUCUCAAUUUGAACCUAAAAAUAUACAUGAGGCUGAAAAUGAUGAAUCUUGGCUCUUGGCAAUACAAGAAGAACUCAUUCAAUUCAAAAGAAACAAGGUUUGA